AUGGAAGUGGUUCGUUUUGCCCCUGAGACUUUCUCCAGCAGUGUGACCAGAAAAAACCUGCUUCCACUCAGCCAGCUGGUGGAGGACACCAGAAAGAGUGGCAAUGUUCCCCAUCACCUUCUUGAAACUAGGGUGUUUGCCAAGUUGAAAAGUAACAGUGUAGUGCAAGCCGAGCCAUCAGAACUGCACUUCAGCGGCUUUGAAGUAGGAAAGGAUUAUAGGAAGAUCUUGAAAAUUGUCAACGUCUCCUCUGAAGUGCUCAGUGUCCACAUUCUACCACCUCAGACAAAGAAUUUCCAAAUUAAAUACACAAAGAAGUGUCGACUUGUUCCGGGUCUCGCUUACACUGUUACAGUACACUUCCGUCCAGACGAGUGGCGUUACUUUUUUGACAACAUCAGGAUUCAUGGCAAGGGAGAAGAGAACUUACUUGUUCCUCUUCAUGCAUAUCCUGUUAUCAAUGAUCUUCAUAUCCCAUCUCACAUCAGUCUACCCCCAGUGCCACUUGGACAGAGUGCCAGUCAUGUGAUUCCACUGAGCUGCAGUUGUCCAAUAGACUUUGAGUUCCAAGUGCACUGCCUGCAACCCAAUAAGGCCUUUAAUGUAAGACCCCUAUCAGGCAUCAUUCCAGCGAAUGGACAGACAACGUUAAAAGUGACAUUUACACCUCUGCGGUACGGUACAGCUGAUAUCACAUUGCAGCUGGUUAUCUCUCAGUUCAACUCUAAACCUGUAAUCUGGACAGUAACUGGUUCCUCUUCUCCAUAUCUGCUCAGUAAACCUGAUGGAUAUGAUGGAGGAAAUGUUUUUCCUGAAGAGCGAAAGACAUCUCAUAAAUUUAAUAUGGCCCCAUCCUCAGAGAAGGCCAGUAAGAAGAAAAGUAAACCUGAUCCACAGCUGCAGGUUUCCACCAUAGAUGUCACCACUCGUGCAGGACUAGUUAAAAUGCUGCUCCAGCCACAAGACAAAAUGAGAUACAAGGAGCUCAGAGAAGCCCUGUCUUAUACCAAGCCUGCAGACCAGACAAGAGAGAUGAAAGAGGCUGCAUUUUUAAAGAAAGUGCAACAAAAGGAGGAGAGAGCCAAUCAUAUCCGCUGGCAGGUUGAUCUGGGUGAUGACCCAUGUUCAACGGAACAGAAGCUUCAAAUUUUGAAGGAGCAAGAUGAAGCAGUUGCUGCAUAUAAACUAAAAUACAAUGGUGAAUCAGAGGCCUUUUCAAGAUCUUCACCUGAACAUUUCUCACAGCGAGUUUUGCGAAAUGCAGGACAGCUCCCAGAAUGCACAGCUGUGUUCAGCAGCUAUGGUACUGGGCAGCUGGAGGUCAGACAGAGAGUGCUGAGACGCUUUCAGCAGGCUGCUCGUAAGGUUGUUCUUCAAUGUCGUAUGAACAAGAGGCUCAUGUCACUGAGAGAGCUUAUUCGCAAAACCAAGAGUCUCCAGGGAAACAAAGAAUCAGAUGGGGAAAAGGCGCCACACCUUUUGAAACUGACGCCAGAAAAUCUUCUGCCUGUCAGCUUCACUACAUUUAUACCUGAAGACCAGCCUGAUGAACUUGCUGUGAAUGCACUAGGUCAAGUUCCUGUGAGAAUACCUAAAGUGGAUUUGAAACCCAACACUCCGCUAUUCAAUUUAAAGGUCCCCCAGCAUUACAAACUAAUGGGCUAUCAGCCAGUGUCUGUCUAUGAUGCAGCAGCAGCAUUUAUUCCUUCUCUCCUGUGUAGGACAUUACGCACUGGAGCACAGGAUGAGUUGUUGCCUGUCGUGACAUGUCCAUCUGUUGAGCUCAGUGAGGAUGAGGAGGAUAAGAUGCCAGAGGAUGAUGGGGGAUCAAAUCAGGAUUUAAGUCCCAGUCUUAGUUUCAGUGCGCCUGAAGCACUGCUCAAACCACCUAAUGCUCAUCCUCUCCGAAUCUUUAAUCCUGCACCACAUGUCUAUGCCUUCAAACCAGCCCCACUUUACCUGGAGUGCGACUUGGACUUCCAUUUUUGUCCACUGCCACGAUACACUGUCCCUAAGGGCAAAGUUGUGGGCGUGUAUGCCCCUGCAACCCAGAGGAACUUUCUAGAUAGAAAGGAGAUAAUCAAAGGGAUUAUGACAUGGAAGAAGUUUCCCUCAAUGGCCUUGAACACUUUAUCUAAUAUGUCAACAUUAACAAGCGAUUGUGCCCCUCGUAUGUCGGACCCCUUUGGUAACACCUUGCUGCCUGCGGAGGCCCCUUCAGCUCUAUGGGGUCUGCCUGACAGCAUCAGAGAUUACAUUCAAGCUGGAGUAGCGGAGAAUUCAGAACUCAUUCUUACUCCAGAGAUGGUUGAAGCAGAGUUUGGCCUGUCUGAAAGAUCUUCAGCCACAUCUAUUAAAGAAGAUGGAGAUGAAGACAAUGGAUCUGUGAGUCCCGGAACUCCAAUAGCAACAGUCAUCUCUACAGAAACAAACACCAGAGACACAUGUGAGCAGCUACAUGAGUCAAGCCAGGGCAACAGAUUGGGACCAAAAGUGCUGGAUAUAUUGAAACAAUUAAAAUCUUUGAGGAGAACCAACAGUUCCUAAUUAUGUGACAAUAAAUAGCUAAUUUUGUUUGUGCAUUAAUGCUUAAGUAAUUGCUUCGUAACUCAAUGUAUAUUAAUAUUCUAUUGACAAGUUCAUAAUAGAACAAUGAAAUGGACUAUAAAAUACAGUGCCAGCUUGGGCAAACAUGCAGACUCUGGUAAAAUACAAUGUAAAGCCACCAGAUGGCAUUAAAUGUCUGAUAUAUGAAACUGUACUGCAGGAAAUGUAUAGUAGAUUUGACACAUCCUAACUGUCACUUACAUUCUGAACUAUUCCUUUAACAAUAUGUAAUUUUUUGUUGUCAGCUGUUUUCUAUAAAAUCAACACUCUGUA